AUGCGUUGGACUCCUGUUGUACUAGCCACCCUGGCAGGGCUAGAGGCAGCUCAUGCUCACGACGAGAACGAUGUCCCCCACCCGAAUAUGGUUUUGCCCCGUCAUCGCAGCGUCGACGACCUGCGGCAGAGACGUUAUGCUUUCGAGCCCUGGAACCCGCCGACGGUAGCGAACAAGCCACGGGCGGACGGCGUGCGCCUGAGUCCUCGCCAGGCAUCAUCGACCCCGUCGGCAUCAUCGAUCCCUUUGGGAGACAACUCCCAGUGCGGAGGGACCUAUGGCAGGUGUGCCGAUGGAUACUGCUGUUCACCUUCCGGAUGGUGUGGUCAAUCCGAGGCCUACUGCGCGUCCCCUGAUUGCCAGAUCAACUACGGUCCUGCUUGUGACGGCAAUGAGAGGCCCACUGGUGCUGAUACCUCCAACAUUCCGAGACCCCAGCUUGGUAACAUCCCUUACGGUGGUGUUGGAAUCUAUGACUGCGUCAAUCAGGGUGAUGUCGCAAUCACGUACGAUGACGGUCCUUACAUUUACACCAAUGCCAUGUUGGAUGCCUUCAAGGCUCACAGUGCCGUCGCUACUUUCUUCAUCACCGGUAACAAUAUUGGCAAGGGCAUGAUUAACAUCAAUUACAGCGAUGUCAUCACGCGAAUGAUUGCCGAAGGUCACCAGGUUGCCAGCCACACGUGGUCACACGAGAAUCUGGACCAGUUGACGCUGGCCCAGCGCCAGAAUCAAAUGAUAUACAACGAGAUCGCUUUCAUGGAUAUCCUCGGCUUCUUCCCAACCUAUAUGCGUCCGCCUUACUCCAUCUGCGGAGCCGAGUGCGAGCAGCAGAUGAGCGACCUGGGUUAUCACAUCACCUACUUCGAUCUCGACACGCAGGGUUACCUCCAUACUGACCCCACCCAGAUCGGGUUCAGCAUCAACCUGUGGGACCAGGCCAUGCUGGCUCGCACGCCUUGCAACGGCAGCUACUUGCACAUCGAGCACGACAUCCACCAGACGAUUGCCACGACUCUUACGAACCACAUCCUCGACUCCGUCGUUGCCAAUGGCUGGAACGCCGUCACCGUUGGCACUUGCCUGGGUGACCCUCCCGAGAACUGGUACCGCGGCAACGUCCCCAGCUACAACUUCAACUUCACGGCCGUCAGCCCAACAGCCUGUCCCAGCACCACCAGCUCGUCUUUAACCUCGACCACGACUUCCUCUUUUUCGCCCACAUCCUCCGCCAUCUCCAAUUCCACUACCCUCCCCGUCUCCCUCGACGCUACCUGCGGUGCCGCCGCCGGCAACACCUGCCUGGGCUCCACGUUUGGAAACUGCUGCUCCGGCGCCGGAUACUGUGGAAGCACCGCGGCCUACUGCGGCACGAGCUGCCAGUCCAAGUACGGCACUUGCGGAAGUUCGGCUUUGAACACCGUCGCCAAUUCUACUUCGAGCAUCAGCGCCAACUCCUCGAGCCGUGCCGCCAACUCCACUUUGAGUAGCGCCACCUCAGGUAGGACAUCUUCCUCUUUGUCGACCACCCGCAACGGCACCAGCACCAGCUCCAGCUCGCGCACCGGGACCAGCAGCAGCGGCAGCUCUUCCCGCACUGGCACCUCGAGCUCCAGUUCGCGCACUGGUACCAGUAGCAGCGGCAGCUCUUCCCGCAGCGGCACGUCGAGCUCCAGUUCGCGCACUGGUACCAGUAGCAGCGGCAGCUCUUCCCGCACCGGCACGUCUAGCUCCAGUUCGCGCACCAGUACCGGCAGCAGCAGCUCCUCGCGUUCCGGUACUUCCAGCUCCGGCUCUUCCACCCGUACCGGAUCCUCGUCUUCUUCGUCGUCUAAUACUCGCUCUUCCUCAGGCACCGGCACGGCGUCCGCCUCCAGCUCCGCGGCGUCUUCCACUUCAACGCUGCCCGUCUCCACCGGCGGCGACUGCGGUGCCACCAGCGGAAAGCAAUGCUUCGGGUCAACCUUUGGCAACUGCUGCUCAGUCUACAAUUACUGCGGUAAUACCCCCGCCCACUGCGGCGUCGGUUGCCAGUCUGCUUUCGGUACCUGCAACAGCACGUCCUCUUCCAGCUCUUCCACUGGUGCUAGCAGCUCUGGCUCGGCCUCUGUCAGCGGCAGUGCCACCUCUUCGUCCUCUGGUGUCCUCCCGAGCACCUCUGUCAUCUCCACCAGCGGCCAGUGCGGUGCCGCCGCUGGCCAAUCUUGCUUGGGAAGCACAUUCGGCAACUGCUGCUCGGUUUACAACUACUGCGGCAGCACCCCCGCCCACUGCGGCACCGGUUGCCAGCCAGGCUACGGAACCUGCAAUGGCACGACCGUCGCCUCCAGCUCCGCUGCCGCCGGAGGUUCGUCGGCCGCGAAUAGCGCUUCCUCAGUCGUCGUUGCCAGCGGCAGCACUACCGCCAACGCCGCCGCCGCGACCAAUACAAAGAUCUCGACCAACGGCGAGUGCGCCGGCACGGCCGGCUUCAACUGCCUAGGCUCCAACUUUGGUGACUGCUGCUCGCCUUACAACUACUGCGGCAACACCACCGCCCACUGCGACACGGGCUGCCAGAGCGGCUUCGGAAAGUGCUCCGGCACGGGCGUCAACGCUCAGGUCUCGCUCAACGGCAACUGCGGUGCCACCAACGGCGGAGCCUCCUGCGUCGGCUCGGCCUUUGGCAACUGCUGCUCGCCGUACGGAUACUGCGGCAGUACUUCCGCGUUCUGCGGCACCGGCUGCCAGACUGGAUACGGUACCUGUAAUUCGCCAUCCGGUUCUGGUACUUCCGCCGCCUCGGGGCCUGCAGCGACGUAA